AUGAAGCAUAGAAAUUUCUCAUUCAAAUAAGAAACCACCUAAUCUGAGUUUUCUAAUCUCAUGACUAAACAGCAAAUUCAGAAUCGCUUUACACAGAUAUAAAAAUAACCUUUGACUAGAUCAACAUCCAGAACUCAUUCACUUUAUGUUAAAUAAACUCAAAUUCAAAAUAUGUGUGCUCUAUUUGAGAAAUUGAUAAUUAAAUCAAACCAAAGUAAACCCUUAAAGUAGAAGUACCAGCAGAUUUGUUCAGAUUUUGGAAUUGAUUUUAAUGUUUUAUAAUAAUUUACAAAACUUGAAGAAAAGUAGAAUUACUUAAUCAGAUGUAGUGUUGAUGAAAUCUCAAAGCAAUUUGAUAGUAUUUAAUUACUUAAUUAGGAAUUAUCUAAAAGUAUGACGCUCCUAAAAGUGGUAUCUAAGUUGUUGAUGAUAAACAAGAUUUAUAUUGGUGGUUAAAGGUUAAGUCAUAACAUAAAGCCAUUUUAAAUAGACUCAAAUUAGCCUUAGUAUAAAUGAUACAAAAUUCUACCAAUGUUCUUGAAAAAUAACAUAAAAUUUAUAACUCUGAAUCAAAAUUAGGUUCAAAUUCAUAAACUAAAUAUAAUCCUAAAGAUAUCGAAGUUUAAUAGCCAGAAGUUUAUUUUGAGUGGAACAAAGCAGUAGAAGCAUAAUUCAUAUCAGCAAAGAAAAACUAUAUAUUGCACGGUUAUGAAACUAUGAAGAAAUAAUAAGCUAAUGGAAAGCUAACCAGUAAAAGAGGAAUGAUACUUGAUAAAUGUGAAUAAACAGGAAAUUAUAUAACAAAGGAAGAACUAUAAUAUAUUGCAUCAACAAGUUUUUUAAUUAAUAGAAAUCUAGACAAGGAGUUUAUCUAAAAAGCAAUCAAUUCAUUAGAGAAUGAAGUAUAUUGAUUGUAUAUGAAUAGAUAAAAUACUAAAUUGAGUUUAAUAUUUCAGAAUAGAUUUUACAAGAUUAUUUUACUUUAAAAGAAAAGUAAAUGAAAAAAAGAUAACAAUAUUUUGAAGAGCAGAAUGUCAUCAAGAGGAAAUAAAUAGGUAAUUGAUCUCUUUACCCUAGCUGAUAAGACCAUAAAUUACUAAAAAAAACAAUAUUUAUCCAAGGAUUCUCUUUAGAUGAAAGUUGUUAAAUCGAAAUUUGUAUAAUAUUUAAUAUAGGCUUAAAAAAAAAGAUUUAUUAAAGAAGCAAUAGAAUUCAAGAAAUAAUCUAUUUUAAGAAGAUUAUAAAAGUCAGGAAAUCCAUUAGCAAACAUUUACGUUCAAAAGUUUAAGGAAAUUAUGUAAAAUGUUGUAAAAAGAUAUAGACAAGUAAUUAUUAUAAUGAAAUAAGAAAAAAGGGAAUCAAAUGGUUUCUUAAUAGAAUUUUUUCGAAAGAAACGCAUAAAAACAAAUGAUUAAACCAUUAUUUAUAAAAGAUGGAGAGGAAAUACCACUAGAAUAAGUCAGACACAAAUUUCACCCUCCAUCUAAAUUAAUGAUUUUGGCACAAGAGGAUAAACAAAAUCAAGUUUUGCAAGAGAAAUUGAUAAAGCAAAGCCAAAAUUUCAGAUUAGCUAUAAGAAAUUAUAAUAUAAAGAAAAGUGAGUUUCUUUAAUUUUAUAGUGGAGGACCAUAAUCUCGCAGAAGAUUUUAAAGCUAAUAAUUAAAAUUUAUGAAUGAAAUUGAAUCAAAAGAAUCACCCAAUUAAUAACAGUGGGUAUCAGAAGAUAUAGAAAUACAGGCAGCCAAUAAAAUUAAAAUGGCCAUUAAAAGAUAUUUGUAUAAAAAGAAAGUAUCCAAUAUGCUUGAAUAAAAAGUAGAAUAAAAAAAUAGAGAUAUUGAAAUCAAAAUCUAAAAGUGUUUGAAAGCAAAGAGAUUUUUUGAAGAAUUGUCUCAUGAGUUAAAUAAAAAGCAGACUGAAAAACUAAAGGAUCUUUCAAUAUAUUCCCCUCCUAAAUUACCUCUUGAAUAAAUUCAAAAGUCUAUUUUUGUUCCAUAUUCUACGCCAUCAUCUCCAUAAACACAAAGAUUAAGUCAAUAAAAAACCUUAGAUAUAUCGUUAGCAAGCAGUAGAGUUGUUAAAUAAGUAAAUGAAUUGUAAUUUAUAGAGUUUGCAUUUAAAAUAAGAAUAGAAGAAUGAAAGUUUAAAAUAAUCUUUAAUUAAUAAAGCAGCAAAAAUUAGAAUUAGUGGAGAAACUAAAGUCAAAAGUAGAAAGCUGAUAUAAGCAUCCAAAAUGAAAAGUGUUAUUAUUGCAGAAUCAGCAGGAUUUAAUUAUGUUAAGGCUGACACCGAAUAAUAUGAUUAAUAUGGAAAUACUCCCUUAUAUUACAGUGCUAAAUAUGGUGAUGUUCAAAUGAUUAAACUAUUGCUAAAGGCAGGGGCAGAUGUAAAUUAAAAAUGUUCAAAUGACAAUACUCCACUCCAUAUGGCAUUCCAAUCAGGGAAUAAAUAAAUUAUAAUUGACUUUCUAAAUAAAGGGGGUGAUUUAAAUGUGAUCAAUAAAGACAAUUGUACUCCUCUGGCAUUUGGAAGUUUGGAAUUACUUAAAUCGUUAAAUCUUUAAGAUUAUAUAGCAACUGUAUUAUAUUUUGAUUGAUAUACACUUAGAUUAAUCCUAAUCUUUAACGAAGGACAGACAAUUAAUAAAUGCUUCAUUAAAAGAUCAUCCCUUUAAAUUAUUAAGUAGAUGAUGAACUGCUAUUGGAGUUAAAAAUGAGAGUCUGA